GACACAAAGAGUUGUCAUUCAUGGUGUUGCCUCAAGUUGGUCUUCUGUUACGUCCGGCGUGCCUCAAGGAAGCAUACUCGGCCCUUUGUUGUUCGUCUUAUUUAUAAACGAUUUACCGAAUAUCAUUCCCGAAGACUCAGAUGCUCCCUUGUAUGCCGACGAUGCGACGACUUUCCGAAAAAUAACAUCAGAGGUCGAUGCUCAACAUCUACAACAAACCUUAACACACCUAACCACCUGGAGCAACACCAAUAACAUCAAAUUCAACGCAUCUAAAUGCAAAGUGUUAACUGUGUCCCGCAAAAAGAAACCCAUCACCUUUGCUUACCACCUUGGUUCAAACAACCUCCAUCACGUUCAAGAAGAAACAGAUCUUGGG